AUGGAAGACAAACGAGCCCUCGAGUCUGAAAACGAUGCGGCGACUGGUGCCUCAUCAGCGAAAGAAGGGACAGACAGCACUCAGACAAACAGCGCUGUAAUCCAGGAAACAUCAGGUGCUAACGGGGACGCUGGGCAAGAUAAAAAGGGCGCCAUGAAGGACAACGGAGGGGCAACAACAGGUGAAGGUAACAAAGAUACCAAACAGGAGAAGGGAGACGAUGAGACUAAAUCUAAGAAAGGCCUGGUAAAGGAUAGAGAAGAGCCAUCAGCUCCUCAAUCUGAAUCAGACGCAACCCAGUCAGAACAACUCUUUGACGAGGAAGUCAUAGACAUCCUUAAGGGAAAUAAUAAAUCAGAACCAGAGGAACAAGAACAGCCCCAGGAGAACGUGAAAAGUACGUGGGAAAUAGAAUGCGACCAAAUCAGAGAAGAGGAAAAGCUCGUGGAAAACUUACAGAAAGCCAGAGACAGUUUGAAAGAAGUUAUCUCGAAUGUCGAGAGCCCACAGAAAGCAGAGGAGUUCAAGGUUGAGUUUGAUGCAUCUGAAUAUGGCUCAGCCAUAAAGGAACACAGAAUGUACUUGGUAGGAUUCGUCAGAAGACUCAAAGCAACGUGGAACGAGGAUACACCAAUAGUCGAACAGUUAGAAUCUGAAGUGCCUUCUGUCGAAAAGAUGAAGGAAGACCUUGAAAAAGAGGUUGAACUCAAGGACCAGAGGAUUGCGGAGCUGAAUAAGUUAGUUGGUGUCGGUACAGGUUCACAGACAGAGUCAGACUGUUGGAUAACAGAGAUCCUGCAGGCCCAACUGGAUACAACCAGUCGUGAGAGUCAGCUUCUGUCAGAGGAGAUCACCAAGGCCAGGGAACAGACCGACUGGCAACAAGAGACACUGAACGCCAUGCAAGAUCGCCUGGAUGAGGUCGAAACUCUCUUCAGUGAGAAGAAACAAAAGAAGAAAGUCGUCAAGUCGAAUAUGGUAAAGGUUCUCCGUAUGUACUCAACGGCAAUGGAGACGAUUGGGGGUGUCUCCAAGAAGAAACGUAAGACUGAGGAAAUAAAUGAUCGUACUGAUGAGCAAGACGUGGGCAACGACUCUGAUCAAAACGCCACUGAGGAAUCAGGAGAUUCAAUAAGCGGCACCGGCUCUGUACAAGACGAAGAUUCUGAUGAAGAGGUGGAUGAAGAAGCGUCCGACGAAUCAGAUACCGAUUCCUCCGAAACGUCCUCGGAACAGAGUGGCAGAGAAACAACUUCACCAACACCGUCUUCCUCUAGCUCAAGAGAGACAAUGUCGUCUGCUGACACGCCUGAGGAAGAGGAGGAGCAAGAAGUCAAACAAGAGGGAAAAGACAAUGCACAAGCCAAAAAGGAUGAGUCUCUAAAAGACAACCAAGGGGCAGUGAACGGAGCGGAUGAGGCAGAAAAAGUCAGCGAGGAGACCUCACAUCCGACUGAAGCAAAGAAAGGUGAAGACAAGCAAGAUGGAGGGAAAGCCGAGAAAAGCGGUGACAAGACAGAAACUUCACAGGAACAAGAACGAAACCACUCUGUGUCAAACGGGGAGAACACAUCAGAGAAACCUGGUGGUGAUGAAGACAAAAGGAGUGGUCAGAUGGAUACGGAUGGAAGAGACCGAGGUGAGGCCGACAAGAAAGGCGAUGAGAAGAAAGAAUCACAGAAGAAUCAGGAGAAGACUUCGGAUCAAUCCGCGGUAAAUGGCGAAAACACAGCGACUAAAACUGAUGGAGAAGGCGGCGAGGGUGAUAAAGAAGACACAGCUGGAGACAAGGCCACAGAGGCAACAGGAGAUAGUACCAAGGGAACUGAGAAGUCGGAUAGUAAGGAGGAAGAUGCUGACCAAAACCGCGGGGAGGAAGGUAGCGGCGAAAACGCUGACAAGAAGAACAGUUCACCUGACGAACAGGGAGAAGCCUCAGAGGAGAAUCAAGAGAAAGAUCACAGCGAACAAAACCAGGGCGAGGAAGCUAGCGGCGAAAACGGGGGGAAGGACGAAAAUUCCCCGGCAGAACAGGAAGAAGAAGCGUCCAAUGAGCCCAAAGAAGCAGCAGAGAAGGGCAAAACAGGUAGCAAAAAAGCCAGUCAGCAGAAGAAGGGUGAGAAGAAAACCAAGAAAGCAUCUUCAAAGAAGAAGACGGAUAAGAAGGAAGCCAGUGAUAAGAGCAAGACAAGCAGCAAGAAAUCCAGCCAAAAGGAGGGCGAAAAGAAGAAAGGCCGAACAACCACCAGCGAUAAGUCUGACAAGAAAAAGGGAGAUAAAAAGAAAGAAAGCGAUGAAAGUAAGUCAAGUAGUAAGGAGUCCAGUCAGGAGGAGAAGGAGAAGAAGAAGACGGAAAAAGCAGCAGCAUCUAAUGAUGACACUAAUGAUAAGUCAAAAGAAGAGGAAGCGAGUACGGAUGAAGGGAAGACGACAGCAGAUCAGGACAAGGAUGCUGAACAAACCUGUGGAGAAGAUGGUAGUGACAAGGAAAAGGCUAACAAUAACGGCGACUCAUCGUCAUCCGACACAAAGGAAAACGAAGACUCCAAUCAGGACCAGAAAGAUGUCGAUAAAAGCAAGCAGGGUAGCAAGGCGUCCAGCCAAGAGGAAGAGGGUGAAAAGAAAGGCAAGACAGCUGCCAAUAAAGGUAAAUCUGACAAGGAGAAAAUAGACAAGAAGGAAGCAACUGGUGAAAGUAAGGCGGAAAAGAAACAAAAGAAUGCUAAGGAGAACAGACAAGCGGGAGCGACGGCGCUACCAAGAAAGGAAAAGGAAGCAAGGAUCAAGAAACUACUGAAACAAGCAACCAAGGAGAAAGAGGGCUCAAAUGCUAAGACCAAGAAAGAAAAUAAGGAAAAGAGUGCUAAGCAAGAUAACAGUGAGGAUGAUGGCAGCGAAAAGGAGAACAAGAAAGGAAAAGGGAGCAAAGAUCAAGAAGCAAGUGACAACAAGUCGAGUAAAAAGGAGAAGGGAGAGAAAACAGAUAAGAAAUCAUCAUCUAAAGAUAAAGCUGACAAGAAACAAGCAGACAAGGAAGAAGCUAGUACGAAUGAAGACGCUGGUAAGGCUGACGAAGGAGAACAACCAAGCGAGAAGAAACGCCAGCCCAAGAAGAAAAACUCCAACGUGAAAGCCAGGAUCGACUGUUGGAGGAAGUGA